AUGAAAGAUGGUGGUAGAAAACAAGGUGCAAUGUCACCAUGUGCAGCAUGCAAACAUCUUCGUAGGAGAUGUGCACAGGAUUGUGUGUUCGCUCCUUAUUUCCCUGCAGAUGAGCCCCAUAAGUUUGCCAGUGUGCACAAGGUUUUCGGGGCUAGCAAUGUCAACAAAAUGUUACAGGAACUUCCAGAGUACCAACGAAGUGAUGCUGUUAGUUCAAUGGUGUAUGAAGCCAAUGCAAGAGUGAGGGACCCUGUGUAUGGAUGUGUGGGAGCCAUAUCCUCUCUUCAGCAACAAGUUGAUGUUUUACGAACCCAGUUGGCACUUGCACAAACAGAGGUUGUGCACAUGAGAAUGCAGCAGGUAUCAUCAACUUCCUCUGAUAAACUCAAACCAGUUUCUGCAGGCUUCAAUUCAUCCUCUCAGAACUUGUUAUCUUCUCCGUCAAGUAGACUCGCCAAGUCCCUUUUGGCUAUGGACAUGGUCGUUGAUCAGCCAAACAAUGGAGAGACCUUGUGGUCAUGUUAG